AUGUCCGACACCACUGACGUUUCCCGACGCUUAAGCGCCGCCCCAUCACUAUCAUCGACUUCCUCUCCAGCCAGUGCUGCCAGUGCUGCCCCCAGUGGCGCCAUGUCCGUCGUCUUGGCGGUCGAGAAGUCGCUGCUGCGCACCUUGGCCUUCGUGCUCUACCAAGUGGACCGGAGCUGUGCCAAGUACUGCGCCUCGUCUGUUGUCCAGUGGUACAUGGUCCUCCAAACGCAGCUGCCCGUUGCGGCCGUGGACUCGCUCGACCGCGUCGCGGACUCGGUCAUUUCGCUCUCGGACGAUCAGUUCACGGAAUUCUGGACGUCGCUCGUGGCCAAUGAGCUCGACGAGGCUUCCGACCGGAGAAAAAGGGGCCACGGCCGGAACAAUGACAACGAUAACGACCACCACUGUGACCAGGACCAUGGACAACAUAUCUUCAAACGGGUCUACCAGCGCGUUUUCGUUGGAAUCCAGCGCUUCUUUGCAACAGAUACGGCCGACAAGGGGCAGACGCAAACGCCAUGUACGUCGCCUGUGGACCGUCUGGAGUCAAGCCAUCGACACGUGCGCCGUCUGCAUCGUGAUGCGGUCUAUGAGGCUGACAGCCGUAAUGGUGACGUUGAUCGGUGGAAAGCCGACGAGAUGCUGGAACCGGGAUGGGCCGUCGAGUACAUGGAGCAGGACUCGCAUAUGCCGUCGGAAAUGUCGCGUCGCAUGGCGAAGAUGAUGCACUCAACUGUAGCUGCCAAUCUCUUUCGGGCCACAGUCACCUUCGGUGGGUGCGAGGACAAAGGCCGAGCGAUGGAGGAAUACAUGGGUGCAGUCACUCCGGGAUCUUUUCCACCGACGCCAAUUACGCGAGACUUGCAGACUCGACGUAUGAACCGAUACACUGUCACUGUGCUCGAUCAUGCGACACUCACGCUACGCCUGCUCACUGAGGAAAAUUACAACUGCUAA